UGCUUUUUGAAGUUUAUCCCUACUCCAGCCCAGCACUGUCAGCCAACCCUUAUACCCAGUUCAUCUCCAGACACAAUUUUCUCUCCCAGCUACUUUUGCCCUGCAUACAGCUCUUCACCCUCACACCAGAUCCUACCAUGGUUGUUUAUCUCAUUUCUCUCUCAUUUAUCUUUCAGAGAACAGAUACUCCUUCCUCACUGUCUGACAGUGGCACCUUCACACCCACACCUGUGCGACACUGAGCAGAGCCGAGUGGCCCAGGAACAGCCUGGGACACCUGGGACACCAACCCAGGGCAGGACAUGGGCUCUGUUUGCUCUGCAUCCCUCAUUCUGUGGAAUCAGAAAUAUUCGUGCAAUGAACAGAAAGUGACCGAUAACUGAGUGACACCAGAGCACAAGGUGCUGGUGAGGCGCUGGUGAACUGCUGGCAAGACAUUGCUGAGGCACUGUCCCUCCCAGAGGAAGCGGCCGCGGCCCUGCCUGCGUCCCCACAGUGCCUGGGGGGUCCCUGGAGAGUCUCUGCCCACCAUGGAGCUCCUGCUGCUGGUGCUGCUGGCCAGGACUCUGGCCACCAGCGUCCCCCCACGCUGGCCAGAUCUUAACAGUAGCCUCAGGGAGAUUGAACUGAGUAUGGCCCCCAACUCCUUCGAUGACCAGUACUCGCGCUGCCGCAUCAAAAUGGCGAAGGCGCUGAGGGUGCUCAACCGCACUGAGUUUGCCACCAACAGCGACUACGCUGACGCCUGGGGCAAGGCCACCAUCAAAUGGCACAGCCGCAAAUUUGUGGGGUCCCAGCUGCAGCGGGAACAGGCCAUCGCCCUCAUGGCCUACUCGAUGGAGGAGGGCCUAUACUUGGAGUUCAACAAGGCCGUGCGCAGCGCGGGGCGCUCCCGCCAGGAAUACCUGCGCAACUUCCCCUUCAAGGUGGUGCAUUUCCUCCUGACCGAGGCCCUGGAUAACCUGAGGGAUGAGGAGAGCCACCCCCGCUGCCUCGACGUGUACCGGGGUAUCGAAGGGAUCCGGUUCCUCACUGAGCCUGGCAGGACCAUCCGCUUUGGCCAGUUCGCCUCCAGCUCCCUGCUGAAAAACGUCAGCGAGCACUAUGGCACCGACACCUUCUUCGAGGUGCACACCUGCCACGGUGCCAACAUCCGAAACUUCUCCAACUACCCUAACGAGGAGGAAGUCCUCAUCCCGCCCUUCGAGACCUUUAAUGUCACCAGUGUCACCCGCCAAGGGGAAAAAACCAACAUCCAGCUCCGCUCCCACGGCGUGUACAGCAAAUACAACUGCGCGUGGCUCCGAGGCAGCAGCAUCCGCAGGGACCCCCCACAUCUCAGGGGGCUUCUCCUGGCAAUGCUGGCCCUGGCAGUGGCCAUCGGCACCCCCUGAGCCACGAGGACACCGCUGUCACCUCUGCCACCGUGCCCGGCCCAGCCGAGGGCUCAGGAACGGAGCCACCGGUGUCACCAGGACGGCAGGACGGGCCGGGGGGCACGGGGACCCCCCGCUGCAGGGGGACACUGGACAAGCCCAGGGGACGCCCUCCCUGAGCCAUGGCUGGGGAGUUGGGGGGCAGCUGAGGGGGGCACAGGGGGGAUUUGCUUCUCUUUGG